AUGGCGCCCCGGUAUCAAAGCGUUGCUGUAAUCGGCGCCGGUCCAUCUGGUAUCUCUGCCGUCAAAGCUUUGCAAGAAGAGAAUGUUUUCCAGACCAUACGUCUAUUUGAGCGACGGGGCCACAUUGGAGGAAUCUGGCAAUACGAUGACAUUCCCGAUCUGUUUCCAUCCCAAGAGUCUCCUAGUCAACAAGAUCAUGAAAUCCCAGGUCGUCUCCCGCUGCUCACGUCUCCUUCUCCCGAAGAUGUAACGUCUCGCACAGGCAUUUACGAGGGCCUUGACAGCAACGUCGGCGCAAAAGUCAUGGCGUUCACGCACACCCCUUUUCCUGAGAUAAAUUCGGCGUCGUCAACUAGACACUUAGGGCGGUCCAAUCCAACCCGACCAUUUGGGGUGGUGAGAAAAUACCUAGAAGAUUUGUUCCAAGACUACCUUCAUCUUGCUUCGCUCAAUACAACAGUUGAAAGGGUUGAAAAGCGAGACCAGAAAUGGACUUUGACACUUCGGCAAUCCGGCCACGGGGAUGGUAACACCCCCAAGGACUAUUGGUGGGAAGAGCAAUUUGAUGCUGUGAUUGUUGCAUCGGGGCAUUAUAGUGUGCCCUUUGUUCCGUUCGUUCCAGGGCUAAGUGCCGCUUUCGCGCGCCAUCCGACCGUAUUUGAGCACUCGAAGUCGUUCCGAAAGGCAGACGAUUAUGUGGACAAGCGUGUUGUGGUCGUCGGGGGCAGCGUCUCCUCGGCGGAUCUUGUCGCGGAUUUACAUGCCAUUGUGAAAGGCCCUCUCGAGCUGUCCCAGAGAGGGAAGAACGAGGCGCUGCAAUCCGCAUGGGAUCUACCUAACGUCAAUGCCAGACCAACGAUCAAAGAGAUCCAAGCAACGACAAAGGGGAUAAGCGUCGUGUUCUCCGACAACACCCUUUUGGAGGGCGUGGACAAGAUCAUUUUCGCCACUGGGUACAAGUUGUCCUAUCCAUUCCUUGUUCCAAAUCCAGUCACCCCAAACAACCGGGCAGCAGGGUUUUACCAGCACAUUUUCAAGAUCGGGGAUCCAUCGUUAGCUCUCGUCGGCCAGGUCCGCGCUGCGAUCAGCUUCCGGGUUUAUGAGUACCAGGCCGUUGCCGUUGCCCGAUAUUUUGCUGGUAGAAAUGCAGCAUCCUUGCCAACGCCACAAGAGCAGGAUCUUUGGGAGGUCCAAAGACUCCAACAAAAAGGCCAUACAGCCCUGUUCCACGAAAUCAAGCCUGACUUCAAGGACUAUUUCGAUUUCUUGACCGAUUUGGCUGGCCCCCCAGCACCGGGAACGGGGGGUUACACACUCCCUCCUUGGGAUGAUCGAUGGGCAGAACAAGGAUUCGAGAUUCUCCAGCGAAAGGAUAAGUAUUGGAAGUCACUACGAAGAGCAGCAGAUGGAUUAGGGGUGACUGCUAAACUGUGA